AGGACCCCAGAGGCUGCCAAACGAAUCCAUGGCGUUUGUGUUGGCUAAUGUGUGGUAUUCUAGUGCAAGUUGAAGUUGAAUGUUGAUUAGAAACGUACACCUGCGAUACUGAAGAUUCGUUAAAGUGAAAUACGUCUUCCUGGUAACACAAAGUUUGGACCAGACACCAGUCAUGACUGACACCGAUAAGAGACCUUCGGGUGGAGAUACUUCCAGUAAAAACCCGAACGAGGAGAAGAAAGAAAACGAGAAAAAGAAGCGAUCUCGGGUCAAACAGUUACUGGCAGAUGUCAAAAAACAAGUUGAGUUCUGGUUUGGCGAUGCAAACCUCCACAAGGACAGAUUCCUGAAUCAACUCGUCAACGAGUCGAGGGAUGGAUAUGUAGACAUAUCAGUGCUAACAACAUUCAACCGAAUGAAGAAGCUCACUACAGAUGUGAAACUGAUUGCCAGAGCAUUGAAAAACUCAUCCAGGGUGGAGGUCAACCUAGAAGGAACCAAAGUUCGUAGGAAACGUCCACUUGGGGAGGAUCCUAAGGACGUGGACCAGCGCACCGUUUAUGUGGAACUUCUGCCCAAGGAUGUGACCCACAGCUGGAUAGAGCGUGUGUUCAGCCAUUGCGGUAGCAUUGUGUACAUCAGCAUCCCCCGGUACAAGUCCACAGGGCAGCCUAAAGGAUUCGCCUUUGUGGAGUUUGAGACUGUGGAACAGGCCCUGAAAGCCAUAGAGGUGUUGCACAACCCCUCUGAGGAUGCCCCGUGCAAGCCUGGCAUGUUCCCCAAGACCAAGAAGAACAAACCCCUGCCCCGGGCACCAGGUGAGGAUUCCACACGAGAGGACGAGGAGGAGGAGAAGAAGAAAAAGAAGAAGAAGAAGUCCCGCAGUGGGAGGAGGGAGAGCGGCCCGCAGCCCGCCGCCAUGGAGACCACGGACUCCGCCAAUCAACAGGAGGAGAAGGGCGGCCAGGCAGAGGCCGCAGACGUGAAGAGCCAGCCGCUGCCACCGGGCGGCGCCGACGACGCGGGUGCGGGCAGGGAGGGAGACGCUCAGACAAAAGCCCUCGCCAAGCGUGCGGAGAAGAAGAGGCGGCGGUCGCAGAGCACGGAGGGGGCAGACGACAGCAGCAGCGGGCAGGACGGCAUGCCCGCCAAGAUGAGGAAGCUGGACGAAGAGUCCGAGGGCGACAUGAAAGGUGAAAGCGAGCAGCAGGACGGUGGGGACGAUAAGAAGGACGACUCCCUGCUGAAGGCCAAGAGGAAACGCAAGAAGAUGCACAAGGAGCGGCUGAAGAUCGGAGAAGAGGUCGUCCCUCUCAGGGUGCUCUCCAAGAGGGAGUGGUUGGAGCUGAAGGAGCAGUACCUGCAGCUCCAGAAGACCAGCAUGGCCGCCCUCAAGAAGUCCAUGAAUGAGAUCACGCCCAGAACCAGAACAGAGGCCGCCAUGGAGUGUGACGCCUCCGCUCCCUCCUCCGCUCCCGCCAUCGUCGCCCCCGCCCGCCACAAGCACGACCAGAACAACGGUGAAGAGGGCAGUAAGGAGACUCCUAAAGGCCCUCAGUUUGAGAGUGGGCAGAUUAUCAAGAUCACACACUCGCAGCCUCUGCCCGGGAAGAAAUGUGUGAAGGAGGCGCUGUCGGAGUUCUCGCCGGUGCUGUAUGUGGACAUCCUGGAGGGGGACGCGGAGGGCCACGUGCGCUUCAAGACCGCCGAGGACGCACGCAUCGUCAUGGCAGCACAAGCACAGCUGCACAGCAAGCACCACUGGAGACUGGAGAUCCUCUCAGGUGACCACGAGCAGAGAUACUGGCAGAAGAUCCUCGUUGACCGGCAGGCGAAGCUCAACCGGCCCCGGGACAAGAAACGAGGCACAGAAAAGCUCAUCGCCAAGGCCGAGAGGAUCAUCAUGGCCAGAGCCAAAGAAGCUAGCAAGCACAUCCGCUUCAUGGAGAACUGAUGACUGGCACCCCACACACAUGCACACACGGACGUACGCGCACACACACACACACACACACACACACACACACACACACACACACCAACUGUAAGACAUAAACAAACACACACACCAACUGUAAGACAUACACACACACAGACAUACGCUUAAACACAGCUACUGUCACCCCACUCGUGCAUACACACUCGCGCGCGCGCACGCACACACACACACACACACACACACACACACACACACACACACACACACACACACACACACACACACACACACACACACACACACACACACACACACACACACCAACUGUAAGACAUACACACACAGACAUACGCUUAAACAAACACACACAACUGCUGUAAGACACAAACACACAUGCUCAAGUGCACUGAGACCUCCCACAAACACACACACACACACACACACACACACACACACACACAGGGUGGUGCCUGCUGUUGGAUAGCAGUUGGAGCUGAACUGAUAACAUUCAUAACUUGGCACAGGUUGUCAGUCUUUGCUGAGUGUUGCGUUCGGAUUCAAGUGAGCGUGACUGACUGAUAGUCAGGGCUUUCUUUAUCAACCAUAGACCUUGUGGAAGGUUAAUCAAACGUCAAGGAAUGUGAAGGGAUGCUAAAUACCGUGUUAAAGGUUGACUAUUUUUAUGCCCAAUUUAGUUAUUUUUUAAUUAUAAAUUACCUGUAAAUGUUGUAAAUAGGAAUUAUGCUAAAGAAAAAGCCAUCCUCAAACCUUCUUUGUUAUGCAAAGUCCAGCAUCUCAAGGCUGUGUGGUGUUUUUUCCCCCCAGCAUUUCAGUAUUUUCUUGACCCAGUUUUACAGAAACCGUCUUGAUUUGUUGUUUUGUUUUUUAAAUAAACUUCAAAACUUUCCAAAGUA